AUGUUCUUUCACCAACAAUCCACUCCACUAACACAACUCAGUGCCACAACAACCGCACAACUUCGAUCUCCCCGUCUCACUCUGCUACUCGGCGAUCCUCCAUCACGCGAUUCGAAACCGAAACUAGAACCCACCAGAACGGAACCACCGUCUUUCUCCACCAUUCAUAGUCAUUCAAGUUCAACAAAGUGUCCUUCUUUCUCCGUCGAUCUUGGGCGUCAUACACAGAACCUCAUAUAUGCGGCCAACGCACCACUUCAUGAAUGCCCAACAGCCUCGCGCACACCUUCUGAUCGCAGCCCUCAUCCCUCCGGCCCUUCACUCCACUCUGAUGAAGCAACCACGACGUUUGACCAGCGAAGCCCCCCGUCUCCGUCGUUUUUACACAACCUACUGAGCAGAUCCUCUCUCGCGAUGUCACCAAAAACCCCAUCAGAAAACACUACAGAUUUGACUCAUCGUCGGAGUUGGGAGAUAUGA